AUGGAAAAACUCAUCCCGGUCAUCAACAAGCUACAGGACGUGUUCAACACCGUGGGCCGGGAGAGUAUUCAAUUGCCACAGAUAGCCGUCGUGGGCACGCAGAGCACGGGAAAGAGCUCCGUCCUCGAAAACCUGGUCGGUAGGGACUUCUUGCCGCGCGGUGCCGGAAUAGUCACCCGUCGUCCGCUAGUUCUCCAAUUAGUGCACAUCAACGCCGAGGACUCCGAGUCGCAGUGGGGCUGGGGGAAGUUUCUCCACACGGCCGAGAGAAAGUUUUUCGAUUUCGCGGAGAUUCGCGACGAAAUUGCGAGCGAGACGGAAAAAGUGGCCGGGGCUAACAGGGGCAUAAGCUCUGACCCAAUCCGCCUGCGAAUUUUCUCCCCCCACGUCCUUAAUUUAACCCUCAUCGAUCUCCCGGGCAUCACUCGUGUUCCCGUGGGCGACCAACCCGAGGACAUCGAGAAGCGAAUACGGGAGAUGAUCGAGCAGUACAUAUCCAACCCCAAAUGCAUCAUUCUCGCCGUGCACGCCGCAAACACCGACCUGGCGACUUCGGAAGCCCUGAAACUCGCCCGUGAAAUCGAUCCCGAGGGAAAGCGGACGCUGGCCGUCUGCACAAAACUCGAUAUCAUGGACGAAGGGACGGACGCAGUGGAUCUCCUAACGGGGAAGAUCAUUCCCGUGAAGCUCGGUAUCAUCGGUGUCGUGAAUCGCAGCCAACAAGACAUCAUUGAUUGCAAGUCGAUUGAGGAGGCGCUCCGUGACGAGGAGGUGUUUCUACGGCAACACUACCCAGUUCUCGCGGGGAGAAAUGGGUCCAAGUACCUGGCGCAGACGCUGAAUCGUCUUCUGAUGCAGCACAUCCGUGACACGCUCCCCGUUCUGAGACACGAAAUCAGCUCCAAGCUGUCGAUUUACGAGUCCCAACUCCAAGAAUUGGGCGAACCGAUCAAGGAAAAGGGGCCGGCGUUGCUCCAGGUUCUCACAAAGUUUGCCUCGAACUACUGCCACAAGAUCGAGGGCACCUCGAGAGAUAUCGAGACGCAUCAACUGUCUGGUGGUGCCCGGAUCUGCUACAUUUUCCAUCACAUAUUCUCCGAGACUCUCGGCACCAUAGCGCCCCUCGAGGGGCUGCAACGCUCCGAUAUUCUACACGCCAUUAGCAACGCAAUGGGCCCGCGGCCUGCACUGUUUGUCUCGGAAAUGGCGUUCGAAUUGUUGGUCAAGCGACAGAUCCGCCUGCUUCUCCAGCCCAGUCUACAAUGCGUGGAGCUCGUGUACGAAGAGCUGCAGAGAAUCAUACAGUAUUGUCUGUCGCACAUUCGGGAGUUUCAGCGGUUUCCGACUCUCCGCGAACAGAUGAACACAGUGGUGAUGGGGUUACUGCGCGAGCGUCUCCCACUGACCAAUCAGAUGGUUGAGAAUCUGAUUCGAAUCGAGCUCGCUUACAUCAACACGAACCACCCUGACUUUGUUGGUGGAACACGUGCAGCGUACGAGGCUUACAUGGUGGCACAGACAGUAAAAGUGGGGGGCAGUGGAGUUGUUGAGCCUCACGCAACAGGUAGCAAAACCGGUUUGCAAGUUGACGUACCAUCAGCUCAACCCGGUUUUCAGCGAAAUCUGUCGUCUUUGUCUGGACCCCAGGGAAAAGGCUGGCUGUCUUCGAUGCUCUCUGGGAGAACAACCAAGACAAGCGAGAGCGGAUCCUCUACAGACGCAGCUGCCCCUGUCGUCGAGGGGUUAAAUGACUUAUCGAUGGACAGGAUUGACCUUCGUUAUUUGGCAGACACGCAGCCUGGCGCCGCAAUAAACCGACAACAAUUUGACUGCGAAUUGAUCGAGAAACUCAUCCGCUCGUACUUUGUCAUCGUUCGGCAGAGCAUCCAGGACAGCGUCCCAAAAGCCGUCAUGCACUGCCUCGUGAAUUUCGUUAAGGACGACUUGCAGCACCGGCUGGUGAGCGAACUCUACCGCAUAGAGUCGUACGAUGCGCUCAUGGACGAAUCGGAGGAGAUCUUCACACGGCGGAGAGAGAUCGGCGAGAUGGUGAAGGCACUUCAGAAGGCUGCGGAGAUCCUCAGCGAAAUUCGCGAUUUGCAGUUCGAGUCGAAGUACGUCGGCUUCUCCGACUAUGAGUACUAG